AUGGCGACAGCGAUACCCUCAAUAGCCUGUCUGGGCGUCAUAGGGCGAAAUAAUAAUCCCCUUCAUAUCUCCAUUUUCCCCUCCCACGAACCUCACACCAACACCCUCCAGCCGAUCCGCUCCCCGCUCCAGUUCUCCCUCCUCUUGUCCUCCACCCUCGACAUCUUCGAGCUGCGCGCCAGAAACUCGGUCAUACUACCCCCUUCCUCCGCCUCCUCUUCUGUCACAGCGGGAGCAGCAGCAGCACCCAUGUCAGGCGACUACGGGCUCCUGCACGCCGUGGACGAGCGGCUCGCGGCGUACGGCUUCGAGACGAACACGGGGGUCAAGUUUGUGGCGGUGGUGGACAUGCGUGGACGGAGGAUCGACGGUGCGGCGUUGGCUAUGAGUGGUGGUGGGAGGGCGGCGAGUGUGGUGGGGCUGCGGGAGAGUGAUCUCAAGGUUGUGUUUAAGGCUAUGCAGAGCGCGUAUGUGAGGUUGCUGCAGAACCCGUUCUAUGAGCCGGAUGAGCAUGGAGGUGGUGGGGGAGGAGGGAAGGGGGGCAAGAGAAUCGUGAGCAGACGGUUCGAGUCAGAGAUGAGACGGAUUGGGGAGGCCUGGACUGUAGGUGUGACGAGCUUGUGA